AUGUUUUCCUUCAAUUGCGUUUCUUUCAUCAACCUUUCUCACCCUUCUGCCCGUUUUCACCCGAUGGGUCACCAACACCCUUUCCUCCUCUUCUAUCUCUUCCUCCUCCUCUUCUCCGCCGCCACAGCUGACGACGGCGCCACCAUUCUAAAACUAGCCAACUCCUUAACCCCAUUACCCUCCGGCUGGUCCACAAAAUCCCCCACCGGUUUUUGUUCCUGGCGUGGUAUAAAAUGUGAUUCUUCCAACACAAGAGUCACCUCCAUUUCUCUCUCAAGACUCGGCCUCUCAGGCACUCUUCCUCCAGAAAUCUCUACCGUUUCUGAACUAGAAUCUCUUGCUGUACAGGACAACUCGCUUUCUGGGGACCUCCCAUCUCUCGCUAACUUAACAAAUUUGCAAACCGUUUUCUUGGAUUCCAACAAUUUUACAUCCAUCCCUCCUGGUUUUUUUCAAGGCUUAACGAGUUUGCAGACGUUGAGCAUUGGAAGUAAUGCUAAUUUGGCUCCAUGGCAGCUUCCAACUGAUUUAGCUCAAUGUACAAGUCUGACAACGUUAACAGCCAACGAAUGUAAUCUUUUUGGGUCCAUUCCUGACGUUUUUGGGUCGUUACCAAGUUUGCAGAAUUUGAGGCUCAGUUAUAAUAAUUUGACGGGGGUUUUGCCGCCUUCUUUUGCGAAUUCUGGGAUACAGAAUUUGUGGGUGAAUAAUCAGCAAAAUGGGUUAAUUGGGAGUAUUGAGGUGAUUGGGUCGAUGACUCAGUUGUCUCAGGUUUGGCUUCAUAAGAAUCAGUUUACGGGUCCUAUACCAGAUUUGAAAGAAUGUAAGAGCAUUUUUGAUUUGCAGUUGAGGGAUAAUCAGUUAACAGGGAUGGUGCCUGCGUCUUUGGUUUCUUUGCCGAAUUUGGUGAAUGUUUCUUUGUCUAAUAACAAACUCCAAGGACCUGCGCCUCGGUUUCCGGGGACUGUUAUCGCUGACAAAAUUGAGAAUAACAAUUUCUGUGCACCUACUGGGGUUCCUUGUAAUGCACAGGUUAUGACAUUACUCGAAAUUGCUGGGGGUUUUGGGUAUCCCUCAAUUUUGUCUGAUGAUUGGGAUGGUAACGAUGUUUGUGGUUGGCCCUUUGUUACUUGUGAUGUUGGCAAGAAGAAUGUUAUUACUGUGAAUUUGGCAAAACAGCAUUUUAUGGGGAGGAUCUCUCCAUCAUUUGCCAAGCUCACUUCCUUGGAAAAUUUGUAUCUCAAUGACAAUAAUUUGACAGGUUCAAUUCCAGAUAGCUUGACCAAGCUGCCGGAGCUAUCAACCCUUGACGUUUCCAACAAUAACCUAUCUGGUGAAAUUCCAAAGUUUCCAGCCUCUGUGAAAUUUAUUACAAAGCCGGGAAACCCCUUUUUGGGGACAAAAAUAGACACUGGAAGUAGAGAAACCACAGGUGGAAGUGGUGUAGGACCUGGCGGUACAAAGAAAUCUGGAGGUAUGAUUGCAGGCAUCAUUGUCGCUGUUGUCAUUUUCAUUGUUUUCCUGUCAUUUGUUUUAUAUAAAUAUAAGAAACGACAUCCAAAAUCUGGGAAGGAGGUGGAAUGGAAUAGCGGAGAGGCAUUUCAUAAAAAUGGAGUUGCAGGUGGAGGGAAUGGGUAUAAUGGGGUUCCAGUUGAAUUGCAUAGCCAGAGCAGUGGUGGCAAUAAGGGCACAAAUAUUUUUGAGGGUGGGAAUGUUGCCGUGCCAAUUGAAGUUCUUCGACAAGUGACUGAUAAUUUUCAUGAGAUUAAUAUUAUAGGGAGAGGUGGUUUUGGAGUGGUUUAUAGAGGAGAGUUGCAUGAUGGCACUAAGAUUGCUGUGAAGAGAAUGGAAUCCACAGUGAUGGGCACCAAAGGUAUAAGUGAGUUUCAAGCAGAGAUUGCAGUGCUUACAAAGGUUAGGCAUAGGCAUCUUGUUGCUCUCUUAGGGUAUUGUACAAAUGCCAACGAGAGACUCUUGGUCUAUGAGUAUAUGCCACAAGGAACACUAGGACAGCAUUUAUUCGAACGCCAUGAUUAUGGGUACACUCCACUUACGUGGAAGCAGCGGAUCACAAUUGCACUGGAUGUGGCAAGAGGAGUUGAGUAUCUGCACAGUUUAGCACAGCAGAGUUUCAUUCACAGAGAUUUGAAACCUUCAAACAUUCUUCUCGGGGAUGACAUGAGAGCCAAAGUGGCAGAUUUUGGUUUGGUUAAAAAUGCACCAGAUGGGAAGUAUUCUGUGGAAACACGAUUGGCGGGCACUUUUGGUUAUCUUGCACCUGAGUAUGCUGGUAAGUGGCUUUGGCCCUUUUUGUAUAUUGUCAUCUUUGUUGAAGGGAAUUCUCCAAUUGCUUGUUCUUCUUAA